GGCGCAAGUUCAGAAUGAGCGAUGAUCAAAAAGAUGGCGCUGAGAAGUCGCCUUUCCUUCAGAAAAAUAUCGGGCACUUGAAGUGUGAGAAAGUUAAGGAUAGUCCUUUGCAAGAUAAUGAAGACUCAGAUAAUACUGAAUGCGGAUUUUGGAUAUUUAAGGGUCAAAUACUGCAACGUGCAGCCACUGAAAAAAUGUAUGCGCUUCUUUAUGGAUUCGCUGGGUUGGUGAUAGCCAUGGCUUAUUCAUACUCUAAUGGUACCAUUACAACUUUGGAGAAACGCUACAAAAUACCAACGAAAACUACCGGAAUUAUAUCGGUUGGAAACGAUAUAAGCCUCUGCCUGGCCUCACCAUUUCUUGGCUAUUAUAUGGGAAGAGGACAUAGACCACAUUGGAUGGCUUUUGGGCUCUUUACAUUGGUAGUGUUUUGUCUGCUAACGGCUUCGCCUCAUUUCUUGUACGGAGCUGGAGAUGAAGCUUUGAAAUUAACAAAGGACUUCGGACUAACUAAUUAUACUGAUGUAUUUUUAAAUAGCACGCAAGAUGAUCGAAGCCUGUGCAAUGACAACGAACCUGAUUGCGUUGCAGAAGUUAGUGUUUGGAUGCCUAUUAUAUUACUAUUUGUAGCUCAGCUUAUAUCUGGGAUUGGAUGUUCAUUAUUCUACACUUUGGGUCUUACGUACAUGGACGAUAAUACCGCCAAAUCUAAAUCUCCUGCAUUGCUUAGUUGGACCAGUUUUAUACGAAUGUUGGGUCCUGCUAUUGGCUACUCACUGGCAUCCUUCUGCCUGCGUCUGUACAUUGCACCCGAUUUGGAGCCUGUGAUAAAGAACACUGAUGCCCGUUGGUUGGGUGCCUGGUGGCUGGGUUGGCUUAUUUUGGCUGGAUUUAUGUUAAUUUCAACAAUACUUAUAUACAUGUUCCCAAAAGAGCUGCCCGCUGCCCGGGCUAACCGUUUACAAUUGGAGCAGGUUAAUGCCAAGGCAGGACAUCACAGCAGUGUGGAGGAGCUAACACUUAAGAAUAUGGUGAAGUGCGUGAAGCGGCUGGCAGUUAACAAGGUCUAUGUAUAUAAUACGCUCGCCUCUGUGCUGUACUUCUUCGGCUAUAUGCCGUAUUGGAUAUUUACGCCCAAAUAUAUUGAAACACAAUAUAAACAGUCCGCUUCCACAGCCACCAUGGUCACGGGCUCCGGCGCCCUUGCCUUCUCCGCUGCUGGCAUAUUGCUAUCCGGUUUCGUCAUAUCCAAGUAUAAGCCGAGUGCCCGCACGAUGGCUGCUUGGAAUGGUAUCUCCGAUUAUUUAACCGUAGCGGGCCUUCUCUGCUAUGUCUUUAUUGGAUGUGAUGGAAGCGACAACAUGGCUUCUCUAUCGGCAGCGUCUAGCAACUGCACCGCGGCUUGUCACUGCGAUUUUGUUCAAUAUUCCCCCAUCUGUGGACAAGAUAAUGUCACCUAUAUAUCUCCCUGCCAUGCUGGCUGUACGGGCCAGUACAAGGACGAAAAUGAUCGCAUGGUGUUCAGUGGCUGUGGCUGCAUAGCUGACUCCAAUUCAUCCAAGGAGCCCCAGACUCAGAUCGGCAUAGAUGGAGCCUGUCCAGUGGAUUGCUCAAAGCAAUUUAUUGCCUUCGUUGCUGUAAUGUGUUUCCUAAAGUUUGUGGGCUCUUUCGGCAGAGCUGGGAACUUACUUCUGGCAUUGCGCUGCGUAUCUACAGAAGACAAAACCUUCUCAUUAGGAUUCGGAAAUACGCUGCUUUCUCUCGUUAGCUUCAUACCAAGUCCCAUAUUUUUUGGCUGGCUUCUGGAUAGUUUCUGUCUGGUUUGGGGAAAAACAUGCAGCAACAAAGGGAACUGUUGGCUCUACGAUACUAAAUCGUUGCGUUACACGCUAAACCUAACAAGUGCUGGAUUAAUUUUUGUUGGUGCUUUCUGGAAUAUUGGUGUCUGGUAUUAUGCAAAGGACUUGCAAAUCUUUGAUGAGGAGAGCAGGAAAGAGAUCCAGGAGGAAAUUGAUGAAUUUGAAUUGAAAGAAACUAAAAAUGAUAUGAAUACAUAAGCAGAACUUUAUAUAUAUGUACAA